CCUCCGGGCAAGAAGCUCCUCCGUCUCACUUGUUCUCCGGCAUCGGCGUGAAAUGCAGCUCGUUUUGUUUUCGUGUUUGGUCAUCUCGUUGGCGCACGACGGUCUCUGUAGGCCGUCAGAACUUGGUGAAGCCUUGGUUGCGCCGACGAUCGACCUGACCUCGAGCGACAACAAUGGCCUGUUGCCGCCACUACAAUCGCAGGUCCCUGCUUCCUCCUCCUACCGACUCGGGUCUCGGCCGGGAGGACUUCGGCUAAUCACGGAUCAGGACAAAGACGUGCGCAUCAUUUUCUUGUUUGAUUUUAAGCCGAUCCAUCUCUUCCCGAAGCCGCAAUACAUCAGAGGCAAAAAUUCCAUCAGGAACAUCAUCACCAAGGAUGAUAUUUAAAUUGACGUGUUUUUGUGAAUGAAAGAGGGAAAUUUGGACAAAUGGGAGACUUGAAUCUUUAUUCCAAGAGCGGAAGAAAUAAUUUUACAAUUAAAGCGCGUGAUUCAGACUAUUGGAAUAAACACUUUUAGUAAAUAGGAAGUUUCUGGUCUAUAUGUACACUUACGCAGAAUAUAAAUUAUGUAAUUAUAACCACGUACUUUGUUGU